CAUCAUCUGCCCUUCUGGAGUGAAUUCACUGUACUUCACCUAUCUUACCUGCCAAAUUGUGAGACUCCUGUUUUCCUAUUCACUCAUCAGUAAACAUCAUACAUCACCAGAAUGCCUCUGCAGUUUGAACUCUGUCCCGGGAGAAUGAUCGGGGACUCCCAUCCAUGCUUCAUCAUAGCUGAAAUUGGACAAAACCACCAGGGAGACAUUGAAAUUGCCAAGAAAAUGAUCAAGAUGGCAAAGGACUGUGGUGCUGAUUGUGCCAAAUUCCAGAAAAGUGAAUUAGAGUGCAAAUUCAGCAAGAAAGCUUUGGAGCGCCUGUACACAUCAAAGCAUUCCUGGGGCAAAACCUAUGGCGAGCACAAGCGUCACCUGGAGUUCAGCCAUGAUCAAUACAGGGAACUGAAAAAGUAUGCAACGGAGAUUGGUAUCUUCCUCACCGCCUCUGGAAUGGAUGAGAUGGCUGUGGAGUUCCUCCAUGAGCUGGAUGUGCCUUUCUUCAAAGUGGCCUCCUGCGAUGCUAACAACUUUCCCUAUUUGGAGUCAACUGCAAAAAAAGGACGUCCCAUGGUGGUGUCCAGUGGGAUGCAGUCCAUGGAAACGAUGCGCGAGGUCUACAAAACAGUGAGGAAGCACAACCAGAACUUUACUAUCCUGCAGUGCACAAGCGCCUAUCCUCUGGACCCUAAGGACGUCAACCUCAGUGUAAUCAGGGAAUACCAGAAGGAAUUCCCAGACAUUCCCAUUGGAUAUUCGGGACAUGAGCAGGGACUCUACAUCACUGUGGCCGCUGUGGCGAUGGGAGCAAAGGUCGUGGAACGUCAUGUGACCUUGGACAAGACCUGGAAGGGAAAUGAUCAUGAGGCAUCCCUGGAGCCCUCAGAGCUGUCAGAGCUGGUCCGAGCCAUCCGACUGCUGGAGAUGGCGAUGGGAUCUCCUGUUAAGCAGAUGUUACCCUGUGAGAAGAACUGCCAUGAUAAGUUGGGCAAGUCGGUGGUGGCUAAGGGGGCCAUCCCCAAAGGCACGGUGCUGAGCCUGGACAUGUUUGCAGUGAAGGUUGGCGAGCCAAAGGGCAUCUCUCCAGAGACUAUGAAUCAGCUGGUGGGCAAGAAGAUCAAAGUGGACGUGGAGGAUGAUGACAGCAUCUUGGUAGACAUGAUAGAAUAAAGGAUCCUCCAGAAAGGUUGGGAGAGAGAGGCACAUAGACAGAAAGACAGACUGACAGACAGACAGGGAAAUAGAACAAGAGAGAGGGAAACAGGUAGAUGAUGGACAGAGAUAAACGGUGUUGCAGUGUGUGAACAGAAAGAGAUACAGUACAGAGAACAAAGAGAGGAACAGAGGAUUAGGUCUAUGUGUUUUUGUGAAAAGGACUUUUCACACUGUACUCAGCUCAUGGGUAAAAACAUUCUUCCCCUCUCCAGGCUUUCACACUGGCGCAAAUCUGACACACCCUAACCCCGACUUUAGCCUAAUACAUGAUGGCCCUGCUUGACAAUCAACUAAAGACAGAUCUAAAGGAUGCUAGUGUGUUUUAAAGCUCAGUGUGAACUGUAUAGCCCUGGGCUUAUGGGUCAAAUAUGCAGUGUGAAAAUUCCUAAAGAGAAAGACAAGAAGUUUGAUAAAGAGAAAGAGAGGUGCAGUUAGAGAAAGGCAAAUUACAUUGAAGGUGGACAGCUCUGAAUAGGUCUCCACAUGAUGAAGAUCCAAAGAGGGUGUGUUGGUGUGAAAUGUUACCUCUAACUGCCUGUAAAUACAGGGCGUAGUGCUCAAUUCAAUUCAAUUCAGAAAAAGCCACAUGUGCAUUCUCCAUGAUCUGAUGUCAAAGCUUGUUAAAUCAUCCAACACUGACAUUUUUGUCAAUGUGAUGUCAAUAACAAUGUUUUUUUCACAUCACAUCUGUGCUUAUAUUACCUGGUGGUGUCAGCUGUGUUGGCAUCCCUGUACUGUUUGCUUUCUGCAUGCUACAACUCCUCUCCAAACUGAGAAAUGCUCCAUGGUACAACAUUUCUGUCAAUGGCCAUAUUUCUUACAUGUGGUAUGAAUGUCAUCUGUAUUUGGAAUGAUCUGUCCCUGCCUCAUUUUCCCAGCAGUUAAUAAAAAAUAAAAUUUUAAGGUGAUGUGUAUAAAUAAGCAGCACGGUAGUUAAAUGCAGUACCUACAUAUAUACAGUACAUAUACUGUAUUUGUGUGUAUGUUGAUAAUGAUGGUGUUGGGAUUACAUCUACAACUUUCAUUCAUGUAAGUUGCCAUAUGUGGCCCUUAAAUAGUAAUCCAUGUCUUUAGAAUGGUAAUCUUAUUGAAUCCUAUUGAUUUGUGCCUUCAGUGUGAAUUAAUGUCUUCCUCAUCAUACUCUUGCAUCCUUAUUUGAACUAAUUGUCUUUUUCUGUUUGUGGUGGUCGAUGUGUUCUUUUGUUUCUGUAUGUCAACAACUUCAAAUGAAGAUACAAUAAAAUAAAAAAAACAAUUUUAUUAAACAAAAUAAA